GGUACUCCUUGCAUUGCGUACACACCAGCAACCUUAUCUCUGUUAUUCUGUAGCUCAGGCACGGCCCAACAACUCAGGCACGGCCUCAACUUCACACCGGUGCUUGGCAGAACUCCUGUAGUUUGACACAUUUCAUCAAGUGCGGUUCUCGGUGCACAUCUGGAAAAUGGGAGCUCCGUCCGCACGCCUGAAAAUGGCAGCAGACUAAGACGAAAUGCGACCUGGCGCAGCUCUGCGAGCCCUUGCGCAGCUUGCAACAGCGUUGUACCUGACUCUGCUUGUGCGGGCAGGGCUUCUCGUGCGUGAUGCCCCUGGAGGCCAGCCCUACCAGUAUGAGCUCCACACGUGGUUGGGCGCGGGCUAUGUCGGCGCAGGCUGGCUUGGAGCUGCGGCAUUCUGCCAGAGCCGCGGCGGCGCGCUAACGCCGCUGUCCUCGACGGCUGAGCUCUCGACGGUUGCCGGCCUGGUCGGCGACGGGUGCCUGAUUGACUCGAAAUGGUCCGACCAGCUGUUCUGGGUCGGGCUCAGCACUCUUGCCCACCAAAGCGCAACGCAGCCGCAGGCCCUAGGGUUUAUGGACCGGCCCCGGCCCGGCAGCAGCACAACACUGCUGCGGAACAGCUCCAGGAUCGCGACCGUGCUUGGGAAAAUGGCAGCUACUGCCAACGUCACGCUGUGGCCGGAUGUUGCUACAGCCGCCACGCCCGCGGCGGCGGCAGUAGCAGCCGCCAUAGCCAACGCAAGUGGCGGUGGCUGGGUGCUGAGCGACGUCCCAGUGCAGCCGCUGUGCGCCGCUGUGCGGCUGCUACUGCCGAUUCCGGCGGCGGCGCCCACGGCGCCGGCAGUAGCCAACACCAGUGCAACUGCGAAUGCGACGGCCGGCGCGGCGAAUGCAACCACGAAUGCUACAGCCAACGCAACCACGCUGGCGGCGGCCUGCGGUGAUGCCUACCGUCAGUACCAGGCCUCCAAGAACGGCAGUAGCGCCAGUGGCGGCAGCGGCAGUAGCAAUAGCAGUAGCAGCGGCGGCAGUAGCACUGUCGACGUCAGCAACUAUCAGAUGGAGCUCCAUUUCCAGGACUGCGGCGGGCUCUCUGGGCUGGCGGCGGCCGGGGCUGCUGCCGCGGCCUCGCACGGUUUCGUGUGCCGUGUGCCCGCCGGCACGAACCCCUCGCCAUCCCCAUCUCCACCAACACCCUCCCCGCCCUCUCCACCGUCACCGCCGCCGUUACCCUUGCCACCGCCCUUGCCGCCGCCGCUGCCGCCGGUUCCCACUUCCCCGCCUCCCGCUGCCAGGCGGCACCUGAUGGCGCUAUCGCAGAUUGCUCCUGCCGCCAUCACCACCGGUGCAGAGCCUUCGCAGCUGGUUAGGAGCGGCCAUGGCAGCAGCAGUGGAUGUGGCGGCGGCAGUAGCAGCGGCGCCCAGCAGUGGCUGUCACGCGGGCUACAGCCUCAUCGGGCUGAGGCGCCAGGCGGCGAUGGGUCGCUGGCUCUUGGAUUGAGCCGGCGGCAGCUCUUGCAGCAAGUCGGCGGCAACACAACAAGCGACACCACAACAAACACAACAAACGCUAGCAAUUCCACCACCAGCACGACAACGAAUGCAACGGGUACGAACAGCACGACAGCCGCAGGCGCCUCCUCGCCGCCUCCCACACCGCCGCAGCCUCCCUCACCAUCGCCCGCUCCGCCGCCCCUGCCGUCGCCGCCCCAGCAGCUGCCGCCGUCGCCUGCCUCGGCUAGCCCCAAGUGUAUCCCUCUAAUCCCUCUGGACAUGGGAGCCGCCAAUGCCACAACAUCUGCCAACACCAACACCAGUGCCAACGCCAACGCCACCCGUACCGGAGGGGUCCGGUAUCUGGCGUGUACGGCGGCGGCCCCGGCCGGCGGCGGUGGGGGCCCGGCGGCGGCGGCGGCGGCGGCUGCCAGCUGGUCUGAGGCGGCGGAGCUGUGUGAGGGGCUGGUGAGGGGUGGCACACUGGCGGUGCUGGAGUCACAGGCCCUCAUCGACGCCCUCACCUACCUGAUCCGGAGCCGCGACCCAACCGCCGCAUACGACUUGUGGUUUGGUCUGGUGUCCGGCGGGCCCCAACCGUCAAGCUUAUUUACAACAGCGGCGGCACCGCCGCUAGAGUACAUUCUAACCGAACCUCACAUCGUACCAUCGUACAUGCGGCAAUCGUGGCUCAACGGAACCCUGGCAGUACACACUAACUGCCAGGCGCCGCCGCCGCCGUCGCCGCCGCCGCCAACGCCCUCGCCGCCGCCGCCAACGCCGCCGCCAAUGCCCUCGCCGCCGCCGCCAAAGCCGUCGCCACCGCAACCGCCGCUGCCGCAGCCUGCUAACAUCACUGCCGCCGCCAGCAACACAACCGGCAACGGCUCCGCAACCGGCAACAGCACAACCAACGCAACCGCAACGGCAGGCGGCGCAGGCAACCACCACAGGCGGUUGUUGCUUACAACCAACACAACCGCCAACGCGACCAACUCCACCAUGCCAACCAACUCAACAACGGCUUCAAACAGUACGACCCCUACCAUGGACAACACCAACACCACGACGGCAGGCACAAACACCACAGCCACCAGCAACUCAACCGCCACACCAACCAACUCCAGCUCUCCCUCACCCUCGCCCUCGCCAGCAGCACCCCCACAGCUACAGCCGCACCCCAGCGGCUGUUGCGCCAGCCUCUAUGUUGGGCCCACCCCCACUGGCAGUAGCGUUGACAGCGGCAAUAGCAGCGGCAGCAGCGGCAGUAGCAACGCGACGCCGCCGAGGCUGCUACUGCGCGCCUGCUCAGACCGAAUCAGCUUCAUCUGUCAGGCGCCGUAUGUUGCUCCCGCGCCGCCUGCCCCGCCGGUACCGGCGGCGACGUCACUACAGCCGCCGCCGCCGCUGGGCUCGACGCCGCCGCCGGUGGGCGGCGACGGCAGUGGCGGCGGGGGGAGUGCGGGCGGCGCGGUGGCGCUGACACGUGAGGCCAGCUUGUUCCUCAAUGCUAUGGCCAGUAACUACAAUGGCGCCUACCGCACCUUCAUCGCCACCGUGUCGCUGUCACUGGGCGGCGUGCCGUACGAAGUCAUCACCUCCGCCAACACCACACACGACCAGUUCACAAACGAGACGCUGCAGCAGUUGUCCCGCGCCAGCCGCCUGCCGCUGUCUUCCUUCGCGCCCACCUCGCUGACCCCCGGGUCCGUGGUGCUGGACCUGAACAUGACCAGCCGCGCCCUGCCGCGGGCCACAGCCGCCGACUGGCAGUCGUUCCUGACGGGUGGUCUGGCGGCCCUGGCACCAGACCAGCUGCUGUCGUCCGACUACAUGACCACGUGGGGCGUCACGGAUGUGCGGCUGGUGGUGCUGUCUGCUACCGAGGUCAUACCCGAGCCCCCGCCGACAGCCCCCGACACCUCCUCCUCCAGCAGUUGGUGGGACGACCCGGGACACAAGGCGGCGGUGCUCGUCCCGUCCAUCAUUGGCGGCAUAUUAUUAAUUGGCGGCAUUGUAGCCGGCGCGUUCGUACUGUACCGCCGCCGCCAUGCUGGCGGGCGCAGUGUGGCAGCUGUACAGCCGACUGGCGCCGUCAUGCCGGCGGCAGCAGAGCCGCCGCCAGCGAUGGCGGCGCCAGGGUCAGUGGCGGCAGUUGGAACGGUUGGUGCUGCGCCUGGGUACGGAAGUUACGGUGAUGGCGCGUACGGCGGUUACGGAGUUCCGUCACCUGGCGGGUACGGGACGGCUGGGUACGGCGGAGUGGCGGUGCAGGGCGGCAUUGAGGUUGACGCCAAAGCGCUGGCGGCGACCGCCUAUGCGGAGGCGGCGGCGGCGGCGGCUGCAAACGGAGGCAUGCUCCCGCCGGGAUACGUGGUGCCUGCUGCGCCCACUGCAGCGGCUUACCCGGGUGCUGUGCCGCCGCCGGCGUCCGCGGAGACCACCGCCGCCGCGGCAGCAGCUGCCGCCGCUGACGGCGCCAUUCUGUCGCCCACCAGCGCUCGUCGAGCGCACCAGCCCUUCCCGCCGCCUUCACCAGGCGGCGGCGGGCCGCAUCCUGGCGCGCCGCAGUACUCGCUCAGUGGCGGCCACGUCAGCAGCGCCGGCGGCGGCCUGCCCGCGAACGGCGCGUGGUGGGAGCAGGAGGACGCGGGCGCAGCGGCGUCACGCGCGUACGGCAGCGGCGGUGCCCUCAGCCCUUUGAGUCCCAUCAGGACCGGCAGCCGGGGCGGGUCGAGCCAUGCGUUGCUGCCGCCGCUGUCGUCUCCGAGUGGAGGCGGCAGCGGCCGCGCCGCAAGCCGGCUGGCGCCACUGCCGCCGCUCUCGCGCGGGCGCAGCGCGGCGGCGCAGCCACUGAGCCCGGCGGCGGUGGCGGCGUCGGCGACGGCGGCGGCGCUGGCGGCGUCUGGCGGCAGUGGCGUGCUGACGCCGCCGGUGGAUCUGGCGGCGCUGGCGGGCGGGCCCAUGUGCAUUGCCGCGCGCUCGCCGCUGCCGCCCAUCCACCGCAAUCCCACGCCUGGCAGUCCGGGCGGCGGCGCCGCCGCCGCAUCCCUGGCUUCGCCGCGGGCCGCCGCUCCCUCGCCGUUGUCACCUACACGCACGACUCCCUCUCAAAGCGCGCUGGCGGCAGCAAGCCCAAGUGGCGGCGGCGGCGGCGGCGGCGGUGGCGGCAGUGGCAGCAGGCCUAGCUCGCCGCCGGGCGCCGGCGCUGGUGCGGGUGCCGCUAGCGCCGCGAGUGCCGCCGCCGCCUCGCCACCGCCAGCCUUGUAGUGCUUAGCAUGGCUCCGCAGGCACUAGGUGGCGAAAUGCCUUGAUACGCGCAUCUGGUACCUUACUUGAUUGAUAAGGUAUCCAUAAUAAUUAUGACCUCCAGCUUCAGAUGCAAACGGGUUGAGGCGCCCAUACGGCCGAUGGCUGGGAAAGAACGUGCACUCAGGCUGUGUGUUGCUCCAGCAUGCCGUUUCCGCGUCCUCGGAUGCGGGGCUGCCAAUUUUGGCAGCGCACAGGAACACAAUCUCGGUAUGUAUUGGCGUCAUCGCUUUAUCAUGUUGCGCGGCCGCACAUGUCCGCUGUUCGCGUUUGUACUAGCAGUAACGUUUCGGUUGGCGCUCACUUUGCUGUUGCAGCGCAGUAAGAGCGUAUUUACCAGGCGAAGGGUGGGCGGGCACGGGUGCAUGUGGAUGGUGCGAAUGGGCGGUGGGUGAGAAUGAGGGCCGCAUGGAAGGGCGGCUGGCGGAUGUGGGUUUUGUGCGAGUCCGGCUUCCGACACGUCCCACAGCCAUGUGCGCUGUGUUGAUUGCGGUUGUAGUGGUUGUUGUGUAUGGGCUGCUCGAUGUUUACAGUGCGUGGGGCAAUAGCCAGUGGCAGGGCCAGGGCGAAGGCAUAUGCUGUGCACACUGCUGAGUGGGCAUCACAUCACCUCGAGAGGGGCGGUGGUGGAAGUGGAUGGCACGACAGUGCGGGGAGGUGCCGGCAAUGCUGUGUCCUGAGGAGGGGGCCGCGAGCAUGGGCGGAAGCUGUGUGUGCGGGCUCCGCGUUGCGACCUCUAUUCUUGCAGCAAAGUGCGGCCGUCAGAUUGUGAGCGGCUGUCGCAAACAAAGACCAGCACCGCUGAAGCGAUAAUGCAUUCAUGAAACAACCCAUGCCUCCUGCAAUAAUACGGUACUUGCAUGAGUCCACAAACGCGCACUUGGCGGGCUUGGGGUCAGAACGUGCCACUAAACCUUUUUUAUCCUUCAGGUUUGUUCCCAGUUGCUUUGGGGCGCGUGAAGAUCUUCAUUUCGGGGGCUUUCGGGCGGGGGCGUUGGCACGGCCAACCCCUCGGCGUGACGUCGGUGUGCCAUCCAGUCGUGCGUUUGAGGCGUUCGGUGCCAGCCUCGCGAUAGUUCGGACGUCUGGAGCCAAGGAAGAGAGAGUACAGCAGAGACUUGUACAUGCUGUCUUAAGGAAUGCGAUGCAGUGCCGUAUCACGCACGGCGCCAGGUCGUUGGAGUGAUCGGCCUCACUGGAACAGCGCAAUCGGACCUUUUAUUGAGCAAGUGGUUUGGAGAGGUGAGCCGCAGCCAGGGGCGUUACUGGCCCAUGUGUUCAUCAGUGUACGGUGCCGUACAUGCCCGCUUCAGGGUGGCUUCAUGGGAUGGGUUUAGGGGGAUGGGAGGGGGGUUAAGGGGAAGGUGAAGCAGUGAAUGAAGGACAACAUCAUCUUGCCAGACUCCACAGCCCUUGUAACACGGGCCCAAG